AUGGCUACCCAAUUCCCUCCUCCCCCAGUCGACACCAUUGACUGGAGCAAUGUCGGCUUCAAGGUCCGCGAAGUCAACGGCCAUGUCGAAUGCCACUACACAGCAUCCACGAAAACAUGGUCCGCCCCAAAACUCGUCAAAUCCCCCUACCUCCCCAUCCACGGGAUGGCCCCUGGCCUCAACUACGGACAACAGGCCUACGAGGGCCUUAAGGCCUUCCGCCACGCAGCCUCAUCCACUGGCGAGGACAAAAUCACAAUCUUCCGGCCCGACCGCAACGCCGCGCGCCUCGCCCGCUCCGCAUCCUUCAUCUCUAUCCCGCCCGUCCCCGAACAACUCUUCCUCGAAGCCGUCCACCUCGCCGUCGCGGCGAACGCCGAGUUCGUACCGCCUCAUGAGACCGGCACAGCAAUGUACAUCCGUCCUCUUAUCUUUGGAUCCUCGGCGCAGCUUGGCUUGAGCCCGCCGGAGGAGUAUACAUUCGUUGUCUUCGUCAUGCCGACGGGCGUCUACCACGGUGUUUCCGCCGUUGACGCUCUGAUCCUCGAGGACUUCGACCGCUCUGCGCCCGAGGGAACUGGGUCCGCAAAGGUCGGCGGAAACUACGCGCCCGUCCUACGCCACUCCGCAAAGGCGCACGCCGAGGGCUUCGGAAUCACACUGCACCUGGACAGCCGAACACGCUCGGAAAUCGACGAGUUCUCGACGUCGGCGAUGAUCGCCGUGAAGAAGGAUAAGGCCACGGGCCAGAUCACGCUCGUGCAACCCGAUAGCCCGAACGUCAUUGAUUCCGUGACCGCAGCGAGUGUGUGUGAGAUUGGGCAGCGGUGGUUCGGGUAUAAGGUUGAAAAGCGCCGGAUUCCCUAUGAGGAGUUGCCGGAGUUUGAGGAGAUUAUGGCAGCGGGGACUGCGGCUGCGCUGGUUCCUAUUCGGAGUAUCACGAGGCGGUCGACGGAGGAUAAGUUUGAGUUUGAGGUUGGGGGUGAGGGGAAGGCUGGUGGAGAGGUCUUUGGGAAAUUGUUGAGUACACUGAAGGGGAUUCAGCUGGGAAAGGUCGAGGAGAGCUUGGGGUGGAAUCAGGUUGUCAAGGCGCCACCGAAGGAGUGGGUGGAGGCUGCUAAUGAGAAGGAGGAGAGUGGGAUUGAGGUGCCUUAA